CUUAAGGUCCAUUCUGGAGCUGUUGAAUUGUCCUCACUUUCAUCCCGUCAUCCAGCGGAGAUUAUGUUUGACAUCAAGAAAACCAUCUUAAGGCUCGGAAUGGAAAUCAAAUCUGAUUCUGACUUCAAGAUCAAAUGCGUCCGCAGAAAGCGGAAGACUUCUCCCAACAACAAUGUCACUAAUAACGGUGAUGCAGUAGCAAGCCAUUCUAUUGCUAUAUCAGGUGAGCCGCUCUAUGGUGAAGAUUCGAUUGAUUCAGGUGAAGAAAUUCGAUUCUCAAUCGAGUUGUGUCGUAUCAAGAACCUUCAUGGCCUUUACUCGGUCGAUAUUCGUCGUAUGAAGGGUAAUCUUUGGGCCUACAAGUUUUUGUAU